UCGGAGUGACCUUCCCUGCGGUGCCAGGUUGGGCUCUGACCCCCGGGCGCCGGCAGGGCGCGUGCCCAGCCCUGCUCGCUGCACCCCGGGGACGGCGCCCCGAGAGGCCGCUCGGCUCUGUCUCCAAGGCAGCUGGGAGCAGGGCCGGCCCGCAGGGCCCGCGCAUCCCCCGCACCGGCCGGGCGGUCGCCAUGGGGACGGGCGGGCUCCCCACGGGACCGCCCAUGCAGGGACCGUCCGCAGGGCGGCAGGAGGGCCAUUGUGCGGGGCCCCUGGGGACCAUCGGGUCCUCCCCGAGACCCUCACUCCGGCAGUGGCACGGGCCGGCGGGCUCUCUCACUUCCUCCACCGAUGUCGAACCCAGGCAGAGAAGCGCACAGUUCACAAAGCACCGCAAGUGACCGCCCCAGGAAGCAGCAGUAGGAAGUGGGGGGCCGGGAGCUCCCAGACAAUGAACUCCCACGUGACGGGCCUGGGCCUGGACAAAAUGAAGCUGGACAGUCCCCAGCCCUUCCUGGAGCAGGAGGACGCCGAGGAGGCGGAGGACGGGCAGCUGCUGGAGCCGGAGGCUUGGAGGACCUACAUGGGACGCCGCGCGGCGCUGCGGGAGUUCCUGAGCUCGGACCUGAGCCCUCACCUCCUCAAGAGGCACCACGCCCGCAUGGAACUGCUCCGGAAAUGCUCCUACUACAUCGAGGUCCUCCCCAAACACCUGGCACUGGGCGACCAGAACCCGCUGGCCCUGCCCAACACCAUGUUCCAGCUCAUUGACCCCUGGAAGUUCCAGCGCAUGAAGAAGGUGGGCACGGCCCAGACCCAGAUCCAGCUGCUGCUGCUUGGGGACCUCCUGGAGCAGCUGGACCGUGGUCGCGCCCAGCUGGACGCUCUGCUCGAGUCCCCUGACCCACGGCCCUUCCUGGCAGGCUGGGGGCUGGUGGAGCGGCGGUUGGCGGACCUGUCAGCUGUCAUGGACAGCUUCCUGGCCAUGAUGGUGCCGGGACGUCUGCACAUCAAGCACCGCCUGGUGUCCGACGUUGGUGCCACCAAGGUCCCCCACAUCCGGCUCAUGCUGAGCACCAAGAUGCCUGUCAUGUUCGACCGCAAGGAGUCAGUGGCGCACCGAGACUGGGCAAGUCUGCGUUGGUUUGUCACCGUCCAGCCGGCCGCACCUGAGCAGUUCGAGCUGCGCUUCAAGCUGCUGGACCCCCGGAGCCAGCAGGAGGGCGCGCAGAGGGGCGUCAUUCCUGUGGCGGCCUGCACCUUCGACAUCCAUAACCUGCUGCCCAACCGCUGCUACAGGUUCACCGUCAAGAGGGCGGAGAGCUACACGCUGGUCUACGAGCCCUGGAGGGACAGUCUGACCCUGCAGACCAAGCCAGGGCCCCCUGAGGGGCCUGCCCCCCACCGGCUGGGCAAGCCCAGCCCGUCCCUGACCACACCUUCCGAGAGAUGAUUUUCUAGUAUUUAUCCACUAAUAAAGAGGAGUAUAAACACACACACACACACAGGUGACUUGUUCUAGCAGAAGCCCCUCCAGCGCCAGCCUCUCCCGACAGCCCAGCCACCUGCCGGCCCCAGGCCCCUCAGCUCUACAGUCUGCCUUCCAGAACCUUGAGCAGAAGCCUCAGCCCUCUGCGGCUCCAGGAUGGCACUCAGAUCCCCUGCAUACCUGCCCCAAGGCCUCCUGUACCAGCCCUGAAUCCCCCACUCACCUGCCUUGACCUCAGCCCGCCUCUAGCCUGCUGCCAGCACUCUGCUGUGACCCCCCAUGCCCACAUCCACGCCCGAGUCCAUGCUGGGCUGUGCAAGGACCUUGUAGGUGCUCCCCGGAACAGGGCAGCCAACAGAGGGGAUGUUUUCCUCCCUGCACACUCCUCCUGCCUUAAAAUCCCCUGUUCUGCUGCUGCCUGCCCUGGCCUCCAUCCUGGUUCCACUCGGUGCCAUGAAAGCUACCGUGCCCCUUCCUCCAGGAAGCUCUCGGGGACUCAGGUGGGGAAGGUCCUGCCUCCAGUGCUCAAGUGCGUCUCAGAUUAGGACUUAACUGGUGUUCAGGGCUGCCUGGAGUGAAUGUGCUUUUCCCACUUCUGGGCAGGCCUGGACAGAGGGGACUCCCUGCUCGGGGCAGUUCCCAGGCCUG